AUGGUACCGCAAGAAUUUGUUAGAGUCACUGUCCGGCGCACCGCAAAUGAUAAUGAACAAGAAUGUUCUCUUGAUCUAGAGCUCAGCCCCACCCAGACGGUAGGUGAAACCAAGGAGCUGGUGCGCCAACAAGACGCCACCUUCCCUGUCGACCAGUUAACAUUGGACGGCAAAGAGGUCGAAGACAACACUGUUCUAUCCACCUUUUUGGACGCCACAGAUGAGACAUUGGUUUUUACCGCCGAGCGCAGGACGCUCAAAGUAAGCGCCGCCCCCGUCAAGCGCCGGAAGCGCUGCACAUUCGCAAACUGUACUUCAGCCCCACUGCGAGGCGUGGGCGAUUGCGGUCUCUGUAAUGGUCGAUUCUGCUCCCGCCAUCGUCUCAUGGAGCAACAUAAAUGCACAGGAUUGCAAAGUUGCAAGGACAGUUUGCGAGAACGCAAUGCUCACAAGCUUGCCGAACAACAAACUGUCGCCCACAAAGUCUAA